GGGGAGAAACAGGGGGUGUGUUGAAGAGGAGGAGGAGGAGAGAGUCUGAGAAACAACUUAAAACAGUAAGAACUGCAGACAUUUGUGAGCACAUGGAAAGAGCAGCCAGAGCGGGAACAAAGAACAGAAGGAGAACUGAAUAAUCAGCAUCAAAAAGAGAUGGCGUCACUUUGCAGAAACGUGGCUGUACUUCUCUUUUUCGUCUCACCUCUAAUAGACUCCCACCUCUUUGCUCAUGCUUCUACAUCUUCCCCACCCAUUACUCGUAAACGGAUCACAUUCCUGAUUGGCCUGGGCUCAGAGACCGACGACACUGAUUUUGACGACCACAGCUCUCCACCUGAAGUGGUGCCCUCUGUUAAAAUUCCCCGUUUGUUCAGUGAUUUCGUCUGUCAGUACGACCCCUGCUUGGAGAAUCAGGAGCCCUGUGAUCACCUCAAAGCUAAAACCGGGUGCCUUUGCCCUGGGAGGAGUGGUGGGGACAAGCCUCCUCAUGCUCCACGCAUACAAGCACUGCUGCCAAUCACUGAGGGGGAAAACGCAGGGAAGAUAGAGGUGCAGUGGUGUGCUCCUCAAUCUGUUGUCUCCUCAUACAAGGUGAUUGUAGAGGGAAGUGACAAUGCUAUGGAUUUUGGGGAUGCUUUCCGGCGAGGUUUCGUGGGAUCUUUGGAAGUAGGGACGAAGGUUUGCGUGGAAGCAGUGAAUAAUGCAGGACACAGCAGUCCCUCAGACUUCUCUUGUAAGAGGUUCGAACGCCCUGAAUCUUCUGACCACAAACUGAUGGCUGGGGUCAUAGGAGGAGGAGUUGCCUUCAUUCUGCUUCUUGUUAUAGUAGCUGUGGUCCUCUGUAGAAGACAAAUGUGUCAAAAAGCAAGGCGGGAAUCUGUCAUUGGACUGGGAAACCCCUCUUACAAAGCAGAAAGAGCUUCAUGAUCCAGACAAGACGAGUGUGGGCAGUUUAAUCCAGUCAAGUUCAUUACUAAGAAAAGAUCAUUAGUUCUUUUGUGUGUCUUAUGACAAAACAUUGUUUAAACUCCUGUUUCAUGUUGUCUGCAUAUAAUUGUGCAAAAGAUCAAUGGAAUAUGACUAACUUUAGUUGUUUGCUGUUAGUAUUACAGGUUUGUUUGCAGGCAAAUUAACCUUUGUAGAAUAAUUUUACAGUAUUGCUGUUUUAUGGCUUAACUUAAAUAUUAAUUUUGUUUUUCUAGACUGUUGAGUGAGAUUCUUUUAAUAAAAUUACUUUUUAUAAAACUUA